GAUAACGCCGUUCUACAUGCAUGCAAGUCGUGACGAUAUUCGGAUUAUUUCUUUAGGUUAUAUUCCAAAACGACAUUGGACUUCCUCAUCCAGGCAUCGUAUCGCCCUUCGGACAUCAUAAGGCAUCCCGAACGUAAAAUCCUGUGGAUGAUUUCAUUCGGACCCUUGCAAUGAAAUGAUUUUGUUGUUAUUCUAGCUGCAGGAAAAGAGGCAAUUUGUCAUUUUUCACGUCAGUUUCCAAAUCGAGAUGGCUAGUUUACGGUCCACUUCUUUUUGGUCGUUAAUAUCGCUGCAGAUUAUACUAACAUCGUGUCAAAUUCUUUGCGUAAAUGCAACAAUCCUACAACACUAUUGCGCAUGCGUGGACGAACCUGGCGCGGGCCUGACCUUGACAUGUAGAGGGCUGAACCAAACUCUGCUGGCUUCCGUUAUUAGAGAUUUCCCUCGGAAUGUGACUGGGUUGACAAUCGUCUCAUCUAAUAUUGGGACACUAAGCACCAACACGUUCCAGUCCAACACCAGCUUUCAUUUUCUGGACACACUACAAAUAACCAACUCCAUACAAGUAAUCGAGGACGGGGCAUUUUCAGGACUGACGUCACUUCAGAAGCUAGUUAUACAUUUCAACCCUUUGUUGAAGAAUAUCAGCAUUCUGAAAGGCAUCGAAAACGUGCUGCAAAUUUAUAUCACGAACAACAGUAUCAUGUCAGUCCCAGCUGAGGCAUUCGGUAGCACUUCCCGCGUCUCAACUUUGUCACUUGCUGGGAAUAGGAUCGAAUCCCUGUCGUCCGGACUAUUUCAGACCCUUGGGUCGCUCCAGGAGUUAAUCCUUGACGACAAUAAUAUCACACACAUUCAAACAGGGACGUUCAAAGGUUUAAAAGUUUUAACAAAACUUAGCCUGAAUGGUAACGCGGGAUUAAAACUUACAGACGGCGAUUUCCGAUAUCUUUCAAACUUGAAAGAAUUGACCCUUAAUGGUAUCAAAGUAGGCGCGCCCCUCGUUCUUCCCAGAAAUAUUCUAAGCGGAUUACGUUCUCUGGCGACACUGGAACUACAAAAUAAUUCGCUUGAAACAUUCCCUUCAAAUAUUUUGCAGCCUGUCUUGCCCAACAUGGCAAGUAUUGAUGUCUCUCAAAACAAACUAGGUCUGAUAGACCCAAGUGCCUUCAAGGGUCUUGAAAAGUUGAAGAAACUCGACCUAUCUAAGAACAAUUUGAGCUUAAUUCCAAAAGAGACUUUCAAAUUUCUUCAAGGCUUACAAAAGCUGAGGCUGAAAUUCAACAACAUGACAUUCAUAAAAAACGACACCUUUACGGGACUGAACAGUCUGAUUACUCUGGAUAUGGGUAACAAUCACAUCAACGAAUUUGAAUACGACUGUUUUCACGGAUUGCAAACUGUGCAGAACCUGUAUCUAAACGAGAACGAGAUGACGCAAAUUAGGCCAGGAAUAUUCCGAAAUCUCCCCAAGUUGAUCUUACUCAUGUUGGACACAAAUAAAUUCCAGACCCUGUCGCCGGAAAUGUUCACGGGCCUCCUGCGCAUGACCGUUAAAUACGGUGUCCCCCAAGUGAGCUUUGGAGACAACUUCAUUGAGUGUAACUGCAGUAUGCGAGUUAUGAAGGAUUGGAUGUUACGCAAUGAGGCGCGUAUACAUCUUAUGGUAUCGUGUACUUAUCCCGAGAAAUUUCGUGAUCGAUACGUUGAGCAGAUAUCAGAUGACGAAUACGGCUGCUCUGCACCGAGUAUUGACGGCUGCUGCAAUAACACAGUGAAGUUGAAAGUGCACAGAAUGGCCAAGAUCACAUGCACGGCGUCCGGUAACCCUCGGCCCGAGAUAUCGUUCAGCGUGGUGUCCGGAAACCCUUUCCCAGAGAACAAGACGAUUUUCUCGCAAGAUGGCGUGGUGAUGAUUUUGAACGUCACGUGGGAUACAUCCGGGGUCUUCACAUGUGACGCAAGGAGCAUUAUGGGUAUUUCUACAUCUUAUUACCGGUUGGUGCCAGAAAAGAGUGGUAGUAGUCCCUUGGGUGUUUGGAUUGGUAUAGGAGUGGGUUGUUUUAUUUUACUGUUGAUAUGCAUUAUGAGUUUGACCUAUAUAUUGAACUCAAGAAAAUGUGGUUUGCCGAGUCGGAAGAGGACUGAUGACACUACACUCGUAGAAAAUGGAAACUAUUCCGGUUUUUAGACAUAACCCUUUGGUAACCGGCUGAGAGAGAGAAAAAAAACACGCGAGCUUGCGCAUCACCCUUACACGCGAUGGUCGACGAUUUUUUUCGUCUUCUCAAAGAUUUCCUUCGAGCUGAAACGUCAAGAAGACAAAACGGUUCUGACUUCCUGUUGCCUUCAGGCAAUGUUUACAUCGAGUUACACAGUGAAAACGGUAUACGGACACGUCGGUGAACAAUAGCUUUGAUACCGUGGAGCUCAUAUAAACCAGGCCUUACGUCCGUUUGAACGAGACGCUCACAUGGCUGUCCUAUCACAAUUACACAGUUGUAUUUACAUAGGAUCCACGUUGCAACUUGUCACGGUACAAGUCGCUGGUGGAAAAGAUAUGAGAGUCAAAAGAGAUAUCGUGAAUCGUAUGUAACCGGCUAUUUAGCAUAGUCUUGUUCAUUCUUAGAGUGACACGUCAGUAGUGACAAAGUGACUGUAUGUAAAUCGUACAUUCUGUUGGAACAAUGACUGCAUUGUAGGUAUAGUUUUAGCUAUUUGGACGAGAAAUGGUUUUUGAAGAUCCUUUUUUGCUAAUUCAUACUAUGGGUUCGCACAAAGCCAAGUUUACAACAUUAAGCAAACAGCCAUUCAUUCACGUUCGCUGUAGUUAGGUCAGGUUCGACCCAUGUCAAUACUUCUCAGUACAUGUAAUUAACAUGACUAAUUAUGACGCUUAAUUACCAGUAAUGAGCAUAAUACUGAGAACACUGCUGUACAUCAGACAAGUGAUCAUGAGAGCAUAAUUUUCUCAAUUUCCCAAUGGCAAAAUAUAAAUUACAAUUAAAAAUUAUGGUGCAUAUUGUUGAUGAGGGAUUAUAAAAAAGGUUUGCGUGCUAAAAACCUUACACUCUAUACAUCAACAACAUCUGAUAUAUAUUAUAUCAUUCAUGCAAGUAACAAUACUAAGAGACUGGUUACAGACAGAGACAAUGGAAAUAUACGGUUUGUUCAGAAAGUAGAGUAUGACUUCGAAUUAUAUUUGCGUAUGUGACAGCCAGGCCUCGUGUACUGUGUAUUGUUAUUCAUUGUAUGUGCAUUUUACGUGAUGUAUGUAAAUUGGUGCCAGGUGCGAAAUCAUUCUGGUGCACUCCGGAUCGUCUACUGUGUAUUAUUCAAUGUACAUCGUUCACGUUCUGAAGUCAGUUUAAGUUUUGUAUUCAAUGAGGAUUGAUUCAAAUAGAUAUUUCCUGCUUUUUUGAGAAACAUUUCUUUGGUGUGGUGUUGAAGUUACUGCGUGCCAUGCUGUUAUGGAUUCAAUCGAUUCGUUCGUGAUAUAACCCCUGUGAUAUAGAUUUCGCUAUAAAGAUUAUUCGGGUUUCUCAACCAAUGAGUACGCGCCAUUUCAAGUGACUCCACAGGAGCAGUUAGUGGCAGUAACAGCAGGCCCUACGGGUGCUGCCAAUACUCAGAAGGAUUCUGCCUUUGUUGCUACUCUUGGAGACUGCUUUCUCCGACAAAUACACUCUUGCUAACAUAUAUUUCGAGCAGGAUACGGACCUUAACGAGUGGUCAUGACGUCAUUAUAAAAAUGAGACCACAUCGACUCCAAACGAAGCAAUAAAAAUUUGAAAAGGACGCUACUUUGUAGAUUUGAGGAGAAAUAAUCAUGAAUAACAUUUUCACUGCAAUGAUAUUGGCAGCAUUCUGCAUUUUGUAUUCAUCAGCAGCGGACCAAAAAGCGUCGAUACGAAACUGUUGCCAAAAUCACAUCCGGGCGACAGAAGGGGAUGAGGUUCGCAUCGAAUGCAUAGCUAGCGGAACUCCCAAACCCGUCGUUUCGUACGCAGUACAAUCUGGCGACCCUCUUCCGAAAACGAAGACAUACUAUUCAUCAUCGAACAUGAUUGCGACGAUCUAUAAUGUCGAAAUCUCGAAUAACGGAGUCUUCAUUUGCUCUGCACAGAACAAACUAGGGUAUGCCUUAUCCGUUUACCGACUGACUGUCCGGCCGGCCCGGCCUUGGAGGGCAGCAUGGGUCACCGUCGGACUUGUCGUGCUGUUCGCCGCCCUGAUCAUUCUAACAGCGUGCGUUUGUGGCUCAAAAGCGGACUGCUUCAAAUCAUUCAAACUUGGUAUGAUUCCACCUAUAAACUUUCAUAUUUAAGUGGUAUUUUCUCGCCAACUGGAUGUGAAUUCUUCCCGGCAAAGUGCAACUUAAAAUACACGGUAAAGUCUAUGUAAGAGAGUCGUCGUUAGGGUACUCGGGACGAGGACGCUGCGUCGAUAGGCCGGUCGAUGCCCAUAAUCUUAUUGUCACUAGGGAUGCACUUUUGAUUGAAUUUAGAUUUUUGAAUAAAAUGCUUUAAAAAUCAUUAUAGCCAAUGAAUUUGUCUUGCAUACCAUA